AUGGAUGUGGAGGAUAUAGGUGCCAGGCAUCCUGAGGCCUUUCGUCAGAGCGACAGGCAGACUUCAGCAGCAACAAGAGAAAACACAGCAAAGAAACCAGGCAGCAGCACUGGAAGAUUUGCCAAUGCCACCUUAGUGCGACUGGCAGAAUUUUUGAGUGCCGGUUAUAAGAAAGGAGUGAGACCAGUGAAAGACUGGAACACCCCUACUAACGUGGAAAUUGACCUCAUGGUAUACUCUAUCCUUAAUGUGGAUGAGAAGAAUCAGGUGUUAACAACAUACGUCUGGUAUAGACAGUCAUGGAAAGAUGAGUUCCUGAUGUGGGAUUCACAGGACUUUGAUGGAGUCAAAAAAAUUUCCAUACCCACGGCUAAUGUUUGGGUUCCUGACAUCCUCAUCAAUGAGUUUGUAGACGUGGGGAAGUCUCCAGACAUUCCUUACGUUUAUGUCACAGAUGAUGGAGUUGUGCGCAACUACAAGCCCAUCCAGGUUGUAACAGCGUGCACUCUCAAUAUCUACAACUUCCCAUUUGAUGUACAGAAUUGCAGCCUCACCUUCCAAAGCUGGCUCCAUACCAUUGAUGACAUCAACAUCACCCUGAUGCGAGAGCCCGAGGAACUCAGUAAAGACAAGAGUGUCUUCAUGAACCAAGGAGAGUGGGAGUUACUUCAUGUACUAUCCAAAUAUAAGAACUUCAGUGUGGACAAAGAAGAGUAUUACGCUGAAAUGAAAUUUCAUGUGGUGAUCCGACGGCGACCAUUAUUCUACACCGUGAACCUGCUGCUGCCCAGCAUCUUCCUAAUGGUGAUGGACAUUGUGGGUUUCUAUCUGCCACCAGACAGUGGAGAGAGAGUUUCAUUCAAGAUCACUUUGCUGCUGGGCUACUCUGUCUUCCUCAUCAUUGUGUCUGACACUCUGCCUGCCACUGCCAUAGGAACCCCGCUAAUUGGUGUGUACUUUGUGGUUUGCAUGGCCCUCCUAGUAAUCAGCCUAACAGAAACUGUGCUGAUUGUACGUCUGGUCCACAAACAAGACCUGCAGCCCCCUGUGCCCCAGUGGCUGAAGUAUCUGGUGUUGGAAAGAGCUCCAGUCCUUUUCUGCAUCCACAAAAAGCACCGGCUAUGUUCCAGACUUUCCUCUCAGUCCACUGACAUGGAGAACUACAAGGAAAACAACUAUGGAACUGGUAGCCAGCAUGAGAGAGAAGGUGGGCUGCUUGGACUGCACUUGACUCCAGCUAAGGACAACGUCCCACCUCUCAUGGACAACAUCCUGCAAGAGGUGACAACGAUACGUCACUUCCUGGAGAAGAGGGACAAGUGCCGUGAAAUUGCCAAGGAGUGGCUCCAGGUUGGCUAUGUGCUUGACGUGCUGCUCUUCAGAGUCUACUUGGUGGCCGUGGUGGCCUACAGCAUCACCCUGGGCACACUGUGGUCUGUUUGGCAGGCCGCCUAAGUUAUACCACUGUACUGCUGUGGGCACAAGCUUGAAGCAGGAAAUCAAGAAUGCCAGAGUUAGUCGGUCUGUGCCACAUGUAGCUCAUAGGAUACAUUAAGGCACUCACAU